ACCCGACGAAGGGCGACAUCAGGACUAUUGACUACAAGCAACAGCUGCAGCCAAGGCCGAGCCAGCAUAGUGUCAAAGUCUCGGAGUGGACUGCUCUAGAGACCAAAGCAGGCUGCUUGGCUUUAGAUUGCUCUUGCCAACGACAAACGCAUCGAUAGUCGCUGGCUCAAAGUUUAUCUUCUUCCAGAGGCAGCGCUUGGCAGGCUCCUUGCUUCAGGCCUGGAAGCAACAGCAUGGCUAAUAACGUCGAGAGAUCUUCUCAGCAACCAGCCCGGCAGUCGCCCGAUAUGCGCCGCGCCGACCACGCCGCACAGGCCCCUAUACAAUUUGUCUUUAUUGACGAGAGCAGUCGGGAUAGCAAACGAUCCAAAAUCACGCGAGCUUGUAUAUCCUGCCGACGACGCAAAAUCAAAUGCGUUUGGGGCGGUGAGAUUUGCACGAGCUGUCAACGACUCGGAACAGAAUGUGUUGUGCAAGCACAAGAAGGCGUGACGGAAGUGUCGCCGUACACCUCCAAUACACGCAGGACAUCGGGCGACGAUGGUGAAUUUGACGGAAGCAAUAAGCGAGCUCAGGAGCGGCGCUUGUCGGUUUCCACGCCGACCAACUCGACCGCAGAUACCCAGCACUCUGUCUCACCACCAAGCUCAUACAUUGUGCCUGCACGAACGGCAGCUGCGCGAAGGCCAGCUCAAGGCAAUCGCAGAGCCAGCCACAAGACCAGUCAGGGGACGCUAGCAAUGGCAAGCAAGACUCCCCUGACGGACAGUAUGCCCGGCGUGAAUACACUGACUGAUAUUUUUGGCGGGCUCCACAUUCAUCAAGGCGGGAUCGCUGGCUACAUCAACGACGACGCAGCUACUUCCAUGAACGACGAUUUCUACACCAAGCGAAUGGCAUCAGACAUGUUUCCAGUGAUAUCAGAAUGGCCCGUUACACACGACGAGAUUGCAAGCUUACUGCCGCCAACCGACUUGGCAUUUGAUCUGCUCAAUAUCUUCUUUGAUGAUUUGCACCCAUACCUGCCGGUGGUCAACAGGCAGCUCUUCUUUCAAGACUACGUCAGCGACCGCACAGUCAUCUCGCCUUAUCUGCUGCUCUCCAUCUUUGCCCUCGCAGCACGAUUCUCAGAAGAUCCUCGUGUGCGAUCUCUACCUGACGAACCCACGACGCGCGGUGACAUUUGGUGGGAUUUGAUACAGCGCUACAAGGACGACUUUCGGGAUUCUCCGAGGUUGUCUACCGUCCAAGCAGAUGUGCUCAACCUGAAGAAUCUUGAGUCCCGACCAGAGACGAAAGGAUACUGGUAUCGCGCAUGGUUCAACCUCUCAUGUACCUUACGCAUGUGCAAAGAUCUGGGCUUGCAUCAUGUCAACAGGCCAAUGGUCACAGACCCAGAUGCUGUCGCUGGACGACGUGUCUGGCAAGUUUGCUUCAUCUAUGACCAGAUGAUGGCGAGUUCGCAGGGCAGAGAGAUGCAAUUGGACAUGAGUCUCGUGGAUUUGACACUUCUCCCUUCUCUGCAACUUAUGGAGCACGACUUUACCGAGGAGGAAGUCAACCUACACAAUAAUUUUGUCUUCAUGGUUGGCCUGCUCAAGAUUCUCCGUCGCGGCACCGUCGUCUUUAGAACAGUCGGAAUCAAGUUCCCCUUUGCGGCGGAUGCGAGUUACCCUGCCAUCAGCGACGUUCUUGAGCAAUGGCACAAGAACUUACCAGAUCGUCUCAGGUAUUGUCCAUUCAAAGAUGAGCGCCUGUCUAGUCAUUUCGUCGGGCAGCUUCACCUGACGUACUGUCUCAUCACAUGCUUACUACAUCGACCUUGGCUCGUGUCUGUAGGUGCCUAUGGCGCUUCAGGCGAAUGGCGCACGCAUCUGCGCAAAUGCAAUGAAGCAGCAAGGGCCAUCACCGCAACGUACGAAGCCUUGUUCCGCCAAUACGGUUCUCGCAGUGUACAACUCAUGCUUCGUGGCAAUUACUUUGCCAUGUAUGUGUGUGUUGUUGCGACCAUGAUUCAUGCAGUCAGUCUGACUUGUCCUGAGCAAGAAUUCAGUGAAGGUGCGAGUGACUUCUUCUCUCGCUCGCUCUCGAUUCUUGAUCGGCUGGCUGUCAUCUUGUCUACGCCCAUGAUGCGCAAACAGUACCACCAGAGCUUGCCUCAUUACAGGAACAAUAUCGCAAGAUUCAGCAGCAACAGAGCCAACAAGCUUUGCAUGCCAACGCAAAGGUCAAGUCGCCGAGUCAGGUGCAUCGUCCUGCAAAGACGGUGCCUCAAGAUAUCCUCCACUACCCAUCUCUGUCCGCAAGCUCACUCAACCAAGAUUCAUUGGUCACAUAUGGUGAUGCAAGCCAGUUGCAGUAUUAUGCUGCUCAAGAUACCUAUGCCGGGCAGGAUCCAGGUAUGUUGUCGGUGCAGUAUGGAUCCCAGCUUGACGCAAGCACACUUGCAAGCUCACCAGCAUCGAUACAUCCUGAUGGAUCGCCGUCGUUGAUGCAACAACCUUCGAUGCCAUAUCCGCAAUAUCCACACAUGUCACCAAUGCACUGGAAUCCAGCUGGUCUGAUCAAUGCAUGGAACAGUAAUUUCCCCUCCGCGUCGAUGGGUAUCGAGACGACCAUGGCUGGUGAUAUGGCGAGUCCUGGGCAGCUUGAUGCUGCUACAGCGCAUAAUAUCAUCCUUCCAGAUGGCAGUCUGCAGUUACCUGUGUACUAUGUGCCGAACGAAACAAACAACCAUUCACAGAUAGGAUCGCA